AUGUCCGCGACAGUACUCUCUCGGGCUUCAGAGCCGGACAGCGCGGUCGAGCCACCCCUCCCGCAGGUGGCCGGCUAUGUAGUCAUCAUAGUCAUGGGCUUUCUCAUUGCCAUUGUCAUGAUGUUCAUCACCCGCACGCUCAAGCGAACGGCCGGAGAAGACAACAAGACGACGGAAAUGUUCAUGACCGCGAACCGCACCGUCGGGACCGGACUGACAGCGUCGGCCGUCAUCUCCUCGUGGCUAUGGAGCACCGCGAUCCUGGCCAGCAGCCUCGUCGGUUACAACUUUGGUGUUGCAGGUCCUUUCUGGUUCGCUGCAGGGUGCUCCCCGAUGAUCGUCUUCUUCGCCGUCUUGGGCAUCGCCUGCAAGCUGCGCGUGCCCGAAGCCCAUACUCUGUUGGAGAUUGUGCGGAUUCGAUAUGGUACGGCCGGCCACAUUGUGUGGAUUGUGCUCUGCCUAAUCAACAACAUCAUCGCCAUCGCCAACAUGCUCCUAGGCGCCAGCGCCGCCAUCUCGGCUCUUACCGGGAUGCACAUAAUAGCUGCCACCUUCCUCCUGCCUGUCGGAGUCAUCAUGUACACCUUUGUGGGCGGCAUCAAGGCCACCUUCCUGACCGACUACUUCCACACCGUUGUCAUCACCAUAAUCGUGUGCUUCUUCACCAUCAAAGUCUGGCUUACCCCCGAAAUCAGCUCUCCGGGUGCCCUUUUCGACAUCAUCACGCAGUUAGCCGUGGACAGGCCCGUACCAGGAAACCACGGCGGCUCAUACCUGACAAUGACUAGCCGCGACGCUAUAUUCUUCGGCAUCAUCCACACCCUCGCAAACUUCGGCCUCGUCAUCAUGGACACGGGCUUCUUCGCCAAAGCCUUCAGCGCCGCGCCGCACGCCGUCGUGCCGGGCUACAUCGUCGGCGGCAUCGCCUACUUCGCCAUCCCGUGGAGCCUCGGCACCAUCAUGAGCUUCAGCGCGCUGGCACUGGAAAAACAGCCUUCCUUCCCCACCUACCCGCGGCUGAUGAACACCGCGGAAGUCUCUAGCGGGCUGGUCCUCCCGUACGCCGCCGUCGCCGUCGCCGGCAAGGGCGGCGCGGUGGCCGUGCUGCUGGUGGUCUUCAUGGCGGUGACGUCGACCAUCAGCGCGCAGGUCAUCUCCGUCUCGUCCAUCCUCAGCUUUGACAUUUAUCGGCAGUACGUCAACCGGGACGCCAAGGAUGGGGACGCGAUCCGCUGGAGCCAUAUUGGCGUGGUCGGCUUCGGGCUCUUCGCAGCGGCCUUCUCGACGGCGCUGCACUACGGCAAGGUUGACCUGGGCUGGACGCUGUACAUGCUCGGCGUCUUGACGUGCCCGGGCAUCUUCCCCACCGUGUUUACCAUCUUGUGGAAGAGGCAGUCCAAGGCGGCCGCGGUGCUGUCGCCGCUACUCGGCAUGGCGACCGGCAUCGGGGUCUGGCUCGGGACGGCCGCGGCACUGUACGGCGAGGUCACGGUCGCCUCCACCGGCCAGACGCUGCCCUGCGUGUACGGCACGGUAGCCUCAGCACUAAGCCCUUGCGUCUUUUCCAUCUUGAUCACGCUGGUGAGGCCGGCCAACUUCAAAUGGGAGGACUUCCGCAAGGAGCGACUGGCGUUUUCCAAGUCGACCGCUGGCGACUCGGACGAGGAGCUGAAGACGCACGAGCAAAUCGUCUCGCAGUAUGCCACCGACAAGCUCCGCCUCAAGCGCUGGCUUCGGAUAUCUUCACUCUGGGCCCUGGCGACUUUUCUAGGGCACUGGGUCCUGUGGCCACUUCCCAUGUAUGCGUCGCACUAUAUUUUUGGCAAGUCGUUCUUUGAAGCCUGGGUAAUUGUGUCCAUUAUUUGGGUCUGGGGUACGAUGCUCAUUGCUGGCUUUUACCCGUUAAUCGACGGGUGGCGCGCGAUUAAGAAUGUCUUUGUCGGUCUGAGGCCCUCCAGUGAAGCCGGGAGUGAUUAG